GCAGUAGUAGCAGGAAAACCUCCACCAGUAUUUGGUACAACUGGUAUAUCAUUUGUUAGCUCGCUACCAGCUAUAGAUCAAUUUUCCUCCCAAGUACCUAUUGGAAUAAUAUCAGUACUGGUUAUAACCUUUGCAUCAAUUCUAUCAAUUUCUGUGGCAGCCUUAUUACGAAAUUCUUCUGCUUCAACCACUCCUAAAUUAUCUGAAAGAUUAUUACAUUUCCAGUUCCUAUCCUUAACACGAGUUUCAUACCAAAUCAAUACAGGUCCAGCAAAACAUGAUAUUGCCAACCCUAAUACCUUUGCUCUUCCAGCGGCUCCUUCAACAUCAGAAGUAAUAUUUAUUCUAUUAGCCACUAUAUAUCUUCAAAAUUCUCUAAGCCAAUUUUCUGGAUCUUCAUCAGGAUGUCCAUUAAAAAUUGGGGGUCC